AAUAAAUAGAUGAUCUAAGCUAAAGCUAAAACAAACAUUGUUUGUGAUGCUUAAAAAAGUACAGUUUGGAUGUCUUUUGCAGUGAAGUAGAUGACUUGGCUGUCGUCAUGGCCGAAUUUGCAUUUAAAUUGGUCAAUGUUGAAUCUUGGCUAGGCAAAAGAUAUAUUUUGAAAAAAAAAAACAAUAAACAACAAACAAUUGUCGGAGCGCGUUUAGUGAGUUGUUAACCCAAGAACGAGUCGGUUGUACGGAAUGCCUUGGCUAUGGCAGUUGCUACCUCUGCUGUUGCUGCUCCCAGUGCUGCUCCUGCAGCUGGGUGAAGUUGAUGGCGCCUCGAAACGUGUUAAGCUGUGCCUGCAGCCCAUGGUCAGCGGCCGCUGCUUUGGCUAUGUGGAGAGCUACGCCUACAAUCCACUCGAGCGUCGCUGCGAGGCCUUCAUCUAUGGCGGCUGCGGGGGCAACGAGAAUCGUUUCGACAGCAAGGCCGCCUGCGAGUAUAGCUGUCGUGAUGUCUGAUAACUGAUGGCUGAA